AAACCUCUGCCAGUACCAGUAGUUCUACAGACUAAAAAUUCCCAAAAUUGAACUUCUUAAUGGCUCUUCAGGCUUCUUCUCUACUUCCUUCUACUUUCUCCAAGGGCAAAGCUAGUGCAACUUUGAAGAAUUCUAGUAUUUUUGGAGCUUCUCUUUCUGAUUAUACUAAAUCUGAUUUUGGUUCAUCUUCAUUUAGAGUUAAGAACCAAAGAAGAUCGUCAAAUGGCGGUGUUGUAAGAGCUACAAUGGUUGCUUCUCCUGGUGUAACUACUAACUCUCCAUCAGGAAAAAAAACACUAAGAAAAGGUUGUGUAAUAGUCACUGGUGCCUCAUCAGGAUUAGGCUUAGCCACAGCAAAAGCUCUGUCUGAAACAGGGAAAUGGCAUGUUAUUAUGGCAUGUAGGGACUUUUUAAAAGCUGAGAAAGCUGCAAAAUCAGUUGGGAUGUCUAAGGAGAAUUACACCAUCAUGCAUUUGGACCUCGCCUCUCUUGACAGUGUACGUCAAUUCGUUGAUAACUUCAGGAGGUCGGGACGACCUCUUGACGUGUUGGUUGCUAAUGCUGCUGUUUACCAACCAACUGCUAAAGAGCCUUCAUUUACUGCAGAAGGAUUUGAGCUUAGUGUUGGAACUAACCAUCUUGGACAUUUUCUUCUUUCGAGAUUGUUGCUUGAUGACUUGAAGCAAUCUGAUUAUCCUUCAAAGAGACUCAUCAUUGUUGGUUCAAUUACAGGGAACACGAAUACUCUGGCUGGAAAUGUACCUCCAAAGGCCAAUCUCGGCGACUUGAGGGGUAUGGCGGGAGGUUUAAAUGGAAUUAACAGCUCAGCGAUGAUCGAUGGAGGUGAAUUUGACGGUGCAAAAGCAUACAAAGACAGCAAGGUGUGCAACAUGCUUACGAUGCAGGAAUUCCAUCGUCGAUACCACGAGGAAACUGGUAUCACAUUUGCCUCUCUUUACCCUGGCUGCAUUGCAACAACAGGGCUAUUCAGAGAACACAUCCCCUUGUUUAGGCUUCUUUUCCCACCAUUUCAAAAGUAUAUUACGAAGGGAUAUGUCUCUGAGACUGAAUCUGGAAAGAGACUUGCUCAGGUUGUGAGUGAUCCAAGCUUGACAAAAUCAGGUGUCUACUGGAGCUGGAACAAAGACUCAGCUUCUUUCGAAAACCAGUUGUCCGAAGAAGCAAGUGAUGCAGAGAAAGCGCGUAAAGUGUGGGAAGUCAGUGAGAAACUCGUUGGUUUGGCUUAAAUUUUGAACUAACCUUAGUCAUCGUCGAUGAAAACAGGAAAAAUGACUUCGCGAGUGAGAAUUUGUAACCGAAAUUUCUAGGAUGUUGUAAAGAGAAGUGUCAUUGUAGUUAGGAUUGAAAAUAAAGAUCACUCAACUUGUUUUGUUUUGUGUUUGGAAAAUGUCACUAAUUUGCCUUUGAAGUUAAAUGAAGUGAUGGUUCAUGAGCAUUGUUCAA